GAGAGAGAGAGGAUUAACCGGAUUGUCCCCGGAGUCGCAGGGCUGCGCUCGUGCUCUCAACUUUCACGCGUAAAAGUGUGCUAGAAAUAUGAUAAAGCGGUGGAAUUCGCGGAUUAACCUCGUGAUGAAAACCAGAUGAACACACACUGACGUUUUUCCUUUCCUUUUUCACCCCUUUUUUAUUUGUAUAACUUUGUUGUUGUUGUUGUUGUUGUUGUUUUAAAUCUCGCCCGCUCGCGCACCGGGAUGAGGGAGUUUCCCAGGUGUCUGUUGAACCGCAGGAGCCCGCUGCUGGUGGUCGUGUGUGUGCUCGCGGUGAUGUUCUUCUACAUGCUGCACUUCGACACUUCGCGCGUCAUGACAUUGCCGUUCACGCGGUAUCGCGAGCUCACCAGCGUCCCGGUGACCAGCGCGCGCAACAACAGUGUACCCAGCGCGCGCAACAACAGUGUACCCAGCGCGCGCAACAGCAGUGUACCGACAGUGGACACGCAGAGCAAUCAACUCCAACAGUACUGUCCCGAGACUCCUCCGAAGUUAGAUGGGCCGCUGUAUGUGGAUUUUUCCGAGCCGGUGAACUUGGACAGUUUGCUGAAGGACACUCGUCUGUCUCUGGGUGGACGCUUCACGCCGAGCGAGUGUGUGUCUCAACAGAAGGUGGCGCUCAUCAUCCCAUUCAGAGACAGAGAGCUGCACCUGAAGAUCUGGCUCUUCUACAUGCACCCCAUACUGCAGAGACAGCAGCUCGACUACGGCAUCUACAUCAUCGAGCAGGACGGGGAUGAAACGUUUAACCGAGCGAAGCUGUUGAACGUGGGCUACGUGGAGGCUCUGAAGGAGUACGAUUACAACUGUUUCGUCUUCAGCGACGUCGAUCUCAUCCCCACAGACGACCGAAACCUCUACAAGUGCUACGACCAGCCGAGACACCUCUCUGUGGCCAUGGACAAAUUCGGCUUCAAGUUACCAUAUAAUCAGUAUUUCGGUGGUGUGUCUGCUCUAAGUAAAGAACAAUACCUGAAGAUCAAUGGCUUCCCAAAUAACUACUGGGGCUGGGGGGGUGAGGAUGAUGAUGUCUUCAACCGCUUGACGCUUCGGGGAAUGUCCAUCUCCCGACCUGAUCACAACAUCGGCAGGUGUAAGAUGAUUCGUCAUGCGAGAGACAAGCUGAACCAACCCAAUCCUCAUAGGUUCUCCCGAAUCUCCCGUACGAAACAGACGAUGGACACAGACGGCAUCAACUCGCUCAACUACACCGUGGUGGGCUGGGAGAAAACCCGGCUGUACACCAAAAUCAUCGCGGACAUCGGAACGCCUCCGAGUUUAUAAACCGCAAACACGUUCCCGUUCAAGUUCCUACGGAAGUAAAGAUGCUGACACCGAGCUGCUUUUCUCAGAGACGCGUUUACACACAGCACGGCUUUUACAUAUCCUCUUCUUCUACUUAUUUUUAUUAUUCCUUCUUUUUAUUAUACUUGGCAAUAUAACCUCCUGGACUUUUGUAAGAAGAAGAGCUUGGAGCCCAAACACAACGAGAAGUGAAUGAGAAAUUCAGAAGCAGUAAAGUGCUGGGCUGGAGGUGGAGGGCGUGGUCGCGGAAACAUCAGGAAACACAGCAUGUGGAGUGUGUGCAGCGUUCAAGGGUCUGUCACAGGACCGGAACGACCAGAAGGACUACAUACCUCGGUACCUUGUUCGAAGACUAUUUACUAUAAAUAUUCCUAUUGUGUGUGUGUGUGUGAGAGAGAGAGAGAGAGAGAGAGAGAGAUCGUUAGGCAUGUUCUGAUAAUCAUAUCACAAUAUUUAACCCACUACGGUUUGCUAGAGAUGCAUAAAGUAGACAUCAUUAGUACACAUGCGUCGACGCUGGUUCCGGUAUCGGGUCUCGGUCCAUUUUCUAUUCAAAAACGCUCUGAGACCAGGUGCACAAACGACUAUUAAAUUAUUAGUAACGUAUUCAAAAAGAUAUCACGAUAAUAUCAUAAACUGAUUCCUUUAAACCGAGGACCAAACAGCUCUUUAAAUACAUUCUCGCAGGGGCUGGAACUCAUAACCUUCCCCUCAGGGGUGUCCAAGCCUUAAACACCUGCCAUUGGUUAAAGUGCGUUUUGUCUCAGAUGCUCAACACUAGUUCAUUACUGGUUCAGUUUAGGGUUGUGAGUGGGAUUUGAACUCACAACCCUAAACUAAACCCACAGACCCCACCGACCAGCACAUACCUUAAACUAAUCCCAAGCAUACACUACUUAAGACGCUACACAGACGUAAUUAAAUCAGAACAGUGUCUUUCUGACAGCGAUAGGAUUUGAACCUACAACCUUCCGGUCACCGAUACAGCGUCAUUCAAUUCAGCCUUUCGCUUUCAACUCAGGUCUUUUCUUAUGGGUUCAGUGUGGAUUAAGGGCCUUUUCUCAGGGACCCAGCGCUGCCGCUCUGUCAGGAUUGGGAUUUGAACUCACACCCUUCUGGUCAUUAGAACAGAGCCAUAAUUGAGAAAGUUUUUAAAAGGUUACUUAGGGACCCCACGUUGCUGGGAUUUGAACUCGCAACGUUCUUCUCACCAGGACUGCUGUAUCGAUAUUACAGCUGAAAUAACAUGACAGAGUUGUGUUCUGUGCCAGGUGACCUCUUCUUGCUGAGAGGUUUAGCACGCCUAAAUAAAAUCAAUCCAAACACACCUUUACCAUGACCACAAUUAUAUUUAUUCAUAUUAUUAUUAGACAGCAAUUAUGGGCACGUCUCAACCUGUGAUUGUUCCCUGGGGUAUUUCAGUUAGGCAUGACGAUCAAAGGACAAAGAGCUACUGAGACUGAAGGGCUAUUCUUUGUAAACCAAAAGGAAAAUGAAUCAUCAGCGUUACUGUGAGGGUUAUCAACCUGCUCGACUGCUCACCUUGGAAUUCAUUUUAAAGUUAAAAGAUCCCGCCUUCUAGUCAUCGCUGCUCAUCAGGAAGAAAAGCUUAGGAAAUACUUACACUACAGUAUUUAACAUCAAAGCUUCUUUCAAAUGAAGGGCUCUCGGGUUUGUUCUUCUACACCAGUGGUCACCAACCCUGUUCCUGGAGAACUUCUUAAGGCAAGGAUCAGAUGGUCAGGUGGACACCAUUAUCUUUGGAGCUAAAGUCUUCAGGGAGGGAGAUCUCUGGGAACAGGGAUGGUGACCUCUGAUCUAGGAGAACCCUUAAAGAUUCUAUUCACAACAAUGUUCUACUGUAACUAUCCAAAGAACCCUUAAGGUGCAGGAGGGUUCUCAAACUUUUUACAGAGUACAGAGAUCCCUUUAAAGAGGCUCGUGCUCACGGUUUCUAAACAGAUUUAGCGUUAAUAAGAUCUGGAGGUCCAGCGGGAGUCAGGAAGGGUGUGUUAACGGCAGAGCUGGACUUCAGGAAGUCGGAACUCAGUCCCGACUUCCUGGUCUACAUGGGAAAGUCCAUCCUUCCUACGACAUUAUCAGCAUUGCCGCCGUUUCUCACGACUGUUCGGUGGACUGUUCUGGUCCACUUUUCCUCUCAUGACUCGGAAGCGUGUAUUAUCUCAGAAACAAUGACUGAUCAAUGUCCUCUGACGAGUCGCUGCUUGGAGCUCGUCUCCGGUGGGCGUGGCCUGUCUGACGCUCUGAUAUGAGAUGGGAGUGGCUAAUACACUUCUGUAAAAUUCACACAUGUAAUUUUGGUUUUGAAGAAAGAUACGGUACAUUUUUACUUGAACGAGAGCUAAUCACAUCCGACGUCAGAGUAGAUGUUUCGACUAGGCUAAUUAUCCAGCGUGCUAGCUUGCUAACUGGCUAGCAUGGUAACGUGAUAAUGUAAUGCGCCAAGACGUUUCCUCGUGUGUAAAAUGUCUUCCUUCUCAGCAGUGUGUACUGUAUGAGUUUACAUUGGAAUGAAGAAACACACAAUUUCACACUGGACCAUUUCAAAUGCUUUAAUCUGAGAAUUGUGUUUUGUUUUGUUUUGUUUUAGCCAUGCUACAUCGUUAAAGCCAAUCAACAGCUGCCAUCUCUGGCGAUUAAGAUGUCCGUUUUGGUUUUCCUGCAGAGAAAAUUAAACAGAUGACUGGAAUGUUACUGGAAUUUUUACGGGUUAUUUUACAUCACCGUUAAUGAGAUAUUUUCUAACAGGAAGUUUUGAUCAGCAUUUUCUUGAGUAGCUCAUCUGCAACACGCGGCUCUGUGUGAAAUAUUCAUGAUAACGGAAAUAAACCUGCAUUAAAAUCAGGGCCGCGGAAAAACUGAUACACAACACUACAACCUGAAUGUGAAAAUUGUCCCAAAAAGAAUCCCCAAAUAAUCUGCAUGGUGUGAAGGAGAAGCAAAAUCUCCAUUAUCAGAUGAUCUACAUAUCUGUGUAUUAUCAGAUUACAGCAGUGAUCUAACAGCUGUAACAUUCUGUUCAUUCGACUCAGAAGUUAUUUUGUUAUUAAUGCUUUUAUUUUUAUCUUAAACUGGCAUAAACAGGUUUCCACAAAUGUAUUUCCUUGUAAUUUGAUAUCCAUGACUGCAGAAUAUUUUUGUGAAUUUUUUUUAAACAAAAGAUCAAAAGGUUCAACAAUAAAGACAAAUUUUCACA